UGGGCGCUGCUUGUCUUUGCCCCCGGGUGCUGGCAGCCCAUUCUACGCAUCUGGAGCUGCCUGUGACUUUUUUUUUUAGCAUGGAAGAAAUCUUGUAUUAAUCUUUUAUAUAGAUGUACAGUAUAUAUAUAUACAUAUACAGUAUAUACAGUAUAUAGUCAGGAGGUGUUACCACGUUUUGUGUAACUGUGGUGAUGACGUCACUAAUGAGGAAGACACACUGAAAGACGGAAGGCGACAAAAACUUGUCACCAUGUUUUGUAUUUGACUUCUUUGUGAUACUUUAUUUUUGUUUUAUAAACAAUCAUCUCUGACAUGAAGAGAAGAUGGAUACCACUCUUCAUUCUAGCCCUCCUCAUCAUUUUUUACGUGGACUUUCAAUUAGGUACAGCCAGCUUCUCCAAGCUGCUGCAGGCUCUCCCUCCGACGCCCGGAGCUCUUCAGCGGCCUCCCCAAGCCGUCAUACCCGCCAGCGGGCACCGAGGACGGCCAGGCUCGGAGAGGAAAGAGAGGCUGCGGCUGGAGGACAUCUUCAUCGCUGUGAAGACCACCGGCAGGUUCCACAGGACGCGCCUCGCUCUCCUGUUGGAGACGUGGAUCUCCAAGACCAAGACACACACUUUCAUUUUUACAGACACAGUAGACGGCCACCUGAGGAACAAAGGUUACAACAUGGUGGUGACGAGCUGCCAGUCAGACCACAGCCAGCAGGCUUUGGCGUGCAAGAUGGCGGCCGAGUACGACGGCUUCAUGGCAUCUGACAUGAGGUGGUUUUGUCACGUGGACGACGACAACUAUGUCAACGCUGAGGCGCUCCUCGCCGUGCUCGCCGCCUUCCCCCAAGAGGGCGACGUCUACGUUGGCAAGCCCAGCCUGGACAAGCCCAUCACCGCACACAAACUCAUGGAGGACAACACCACGAGGGAAGUGAAGUUUUGGUUUGCCACAGGAGGAGCUGGGUUCUGUUUGAGUCAAGGACUGGCCCAGAAGAUGUCCCCCUGGGCUCGAGGCUCCCGCUUCCAGGAGACCUCAGCAAAGAUCCGCCUCCCCGAUGACUGCACGGUGGGCUUCAUUGUGGAGGAGAGACUGGGGGUCUCCAUGGUCCACUCCCACUUGUUCCACUCCCACCUGGAGAACCUGCUCCUCAUCAAACACACCGACAUCCCUCACCAGGUGACGCUGAGUUAUGGGAUGUUUGAGAACAAGAUGAACAGCAUCGAGUUGAAAGGAAGCUUCACCAAAGAGGAAGAUCCAUCCAGGUUCAAGACCCUGCACUGCCUUCUGUACCCGCUGACGAGCUGGUGUCCUUGAAGAACGAACACCAGACAUGUCAGCAGUCGCCAUGUUCUCCUUCAAUGUUGGAUUGGGAGUGUCCUCUCUAAGUUCCAUCACUUCCUCUUUGACGUCCUUCUCUUUGGUUGGAUUCACAUUUCUUCAACCUCUCUCUUCCUUUCUCCUGCACGUGCUCGUUGGAAGGCUGGCAGGCAGCAGAUGGAAGCACGAGGCCGGCGGCCAAAAGUGCUUUCAUGUUUGAACGAGGUGUAUACGAGACAAAGCCUUCACAGAAAUUUCCAGAACUACUUGUGUGCUCAGCAGCUGUAACGAGGCUCUGAGAGGUGCAAUUAGCGCAGGAACGAUUACAUCCACUCUACGUGGAGUGUGCCUUUGAUUUAGUGCAGGUUCUUCUUGCUUCUGGAGUCUGGAUUGGUUCUUCCUGAUGCACUGAACUUGUGUCCAGGACCACAUAACGAAGAUGCUGCUCUUGGCAUCAUCACCAUCACCUUGGGGCUUCCUCAGCAGGACAACAGGAGAACCAGCGAGCAGAUGAAAAGCUGCUGCUGGAUCCAACAUCAAAUAUCUGAUAGAAGCUCCGAAAGCACCGACAACAGCCACAGAAUGUUGCUUUAUCAGCGGCCCUUUCAUCCUUUUUUCUGUUUGAAUCUGACACCAAGAAACAGAUGGCAUCUAACAUUCAAACCUCAUUUGUUUACCACAUCCUCAUCACUUCAUUGAGCCAUCUAUUGAGACCAACCUCACUCGAGUAUGUACCUAAUGAACUGGCUUCUCAUACACACGCAUGGCCAAUUUUUGGUUGCUUUUUUCCAUUAAAACCUCGUAAAAUCUAAUAUUUUCCCCGCAUUAUUUAUAAUAAUUAGAUAAAUAAGUACAAAUAUUUAUAAAAAACCCCAACAAAUAUAAGUUUAUUAAAUACAAUGCAGAAAUAUACAUUCUAAGGAACAUAUAUAAAAGUUUGUAUAGAUUAAAAAAUCUAUAUGCAUGUGUCGUUGCAUGUACAGUGCCAGUCAAAAGUUUCGAGACACUGGUGCAUCGUCGUGAAUGAGACAAUGUCUCCAAACUUUUGAGUGGCACUUUAUGUAAGUGUUCCUGUGUAUGCGUGUCUGUGGUUAAGGUGGUCGAAGCACGGAUUCAUCACAGGCUGCAGCGAUGUAAGUGCACACACACACACACACACACACAUUUGCAAAGCAGCUGGCAGGUGUUGGAUCAGUGAGCCGCUGAGCCAUGAACACACAAACACAAUUGCAAACAAAUCCAUCAAUACACACACACUCACACACGGGCGGGGGCAUCAAAGUGGAAAUUAUACCCCAGGGCAUAAUUGUGUGUUUUACUCAUUGAAAAAAUAUGGAGUUUUUUUCACAAAAAUGGCAUACAAACAUAAAAAAUACUAAAGAAUGUUCAUGUUCAAGGGGCCUCAGGGUUUAAGUAUUGUUUUUAAAAGUUAGUCUUUCUUCAUCACCCCCUAGUGGCCAUUCAGAGAAUGCAUAGGUGCUUAUGUUAGUGAUGUUAGUGGCUCCUCAGAUGUUUUGUUGUCUUAAAUGAUUACAAAAAUAUGUAUAAUGUGUAAAAUGAAUUACUAAUGUAAAACAAUACAUGAUAUCAGAUGUUUAUUAUUUAAAUUGAUUUAUUUAAACCUCAGUGAACAGCUGCAAAAAUAUAUUUCAAAUGUUAUAUUACAAGACCCAUCUCAAUAGACACGCUAGGUAAAAAUAGGUCAAAUGUCUUCAUGCAAAUUCGUCACAGAGCACCACAGUGUGUUUAACCCCGCCCCUCCAUCUGCUCAGUGCCGACACAGCCACACAUCUUGACCAAUGACAUUUGCCUUUAACAGAAAAAAGACGAGGAAAAACAAAUCGGCUCCCAAUUGGCUCCCAUCAACGCGAACCGGCUCCUGUGGUACAUUUCAAAGAGCCGGGUUUUAAAGCCGAUUCGGUCGCGACCAACACAUCACCAGCUUAUGCGUUGGCAUUAGCUCGCUGGUAUCGGUGGCUAGAAUGGCAUGAUCACGCAAAAACACACAAACACACCUUCGUUGCACAAUCGAACGCCGUCCGUUCCUUUGUAACUUUAUGAACCAGGAAGUAGCCAGCUAGCUAGUACACAACCAAUUAGCAGAUAAACAAUUACUGUACAACACUACAAUUAAUUAUUAUUGUUGUUGUUGUUUUUUUACUUUAGUUGAGGAUUUAGUUAGAUUUGGUCCAAAAAGUAAUGUGCAAUUAGGAAAAAAAUGAUUUUAUUAAAAUUAUAAAAUAUUUUAUCUGAUUCCUAUGGAAGCCAUUUUCGGCCACUGAAAGAAAAAAAUUCCAAUGGUAAGUCAUAAUUAUGUGACAAAAGUCGAAGUUAUGGGAUAAAAAGUCACAAUUAUGAGAUAAAGUCAAAAUUAUGAGAUAAGUUAUAGUUAUGACAUAAACGGUUGAAAUUAUGACAUAUGUCACAGUUAUGAGACAAGAAAGUAAUAAUUAUGAGAUAAAAAGUCAAAAUUAGGGGAUUAAAAAUUGAAAUUACGAUAUAAAAAGUUAUAAUAAUGAGGUAAGAAAUGAAUAAUGAGGUAAAAAGUCGACAUUAUGAGAUAAAUCAUAAUUAUGAGAUAAAGUAGUAAUUGUGAGAUAAAAAGUCAUAAUUACGAGAUAAAAUGUCAAAAUGAUGAGAUUAAAAUGGAAAUUAUGAAAUAAGUCAUAAUUAGGAGAUAAAAAGUCGAAAUGACAAGAUAAAAAGUCAUUAAAAUAAAAAGUUUGGUUUGGUUUGGUUUAAUUUUAUUUGAACGUGCAUGCAAGUUCCAAUGGAAUACAUCUCAUGAAUCAUCCUUUCACAGUUCCACAUGUCCAAAAGGAGUAGGAAGAAGCAAAGCUUAUUUAAUCCUACCCCCCAUCUAUUCCACAUCUAGUACAGUACAUAUUAUUCACUUCUGUAUUCCAUAUGUCAUUUUUAAUACAUAGAAUAAUGAUAAGGUAGGGUAACAAUAUGAUGAUGUAAUUAUGAAGAUUUUUUUCAGUAUAAUAAUAAAUAAAUAAUAAAUGGAAACAAGCAUAACAAAAUGAUGACUAGAAUAAUCAGUAUAAUAAUAAAUAAAUAAUAAUAAAUAGAGACAAGCAUAACAAAACAAGUUCAAGACUCUUCUGCCUUGUAUUUAGCAAACAUCAACUGCUUGUAUUGUUUUUUGAAUGUGCUCAUCUCUGUACAUUGUUUGAGUUCCUUACUCAAUCCGUUCCAUAAUUUAAUUCCACACACGGAAAUGCUGUGGCUUUUCAGCGUAGUUCUCGCAUAUAAAUGUUGCAAGUUUAGUUUUUCCCUGAGAUCAUAUUUCUCCUCUCUUGUAGAGAAGUAUUGUAUGGCAUUUGUUGGUAGCAGGUUAUUGUUAACUUUAUGCAUUAUUUUAUCUUGAAAAUGUACUAAAUCAGCCAAAAUAAAGGGUUUGUAUGUUCUCUAUACUCGGCAUUAUGAAUGAUCCUCACUGAUCUUUUUUGCAGUACAUUUAGCGAGUGUAGAUUGCAUUUAUAAUUAUUACCCAUAUCUCCACACAAUAAGUGAGAUAUGGUAAUACCAGAGAACAGUAAACAGUGUGGAGUGAUUUUUGAUGAAGAACAUAUUUUGCUUUUUUCAAGAUAUGAUAUAUUUCUUGCCACCUUUUGUUGUAUAUUUUUGAUGUCAGAUUUCCAGCUCAUUUUUUCAUUCAUGAUCCCCAGAAAUUUAUUUUCAUUCAUUCUUUCAAUGUCCACUCCGUCUAUUUGUAUUUGGUCGUGCGUGUCCUUUCUGCUAUUACCAAAUAGCAUUAUUUUAGUUUUACUUAAGUUCAAGGAUAAUCUGUUUUUAUCAAACCAUGACUUUAAUAUGACCUUUUCAUCCUUGACAUUUUUAAUGAGUUCUUGUGUGCUUUCACCAGAACAAAAGGCAGUGGUAUCAUCUGCAAAUAAUACCAACUUUAAGUCUUUCGUCACUUUACAGAUGUCGUUGAUAUACAAAUUGAACAGUUUUGGUCCCAAUAUGGACCCCUGGGGUACUCCACACGUGGUAUUUAAACUCGCAGAUGUAUAUUCUCCUAGCUUUACAAAUUGUUUCCUCUUUGCUAGGUAGCUUUUAACCCAAUUCAAAACGAAGCCUCUUAUUCCAUACCUUUCUAAUUUUGUUGUUAAAAUGUUGUGAUUAAUUGUAUCGAAGGCUUUUGUCAGAUCCAUAAACACUGCAGCUGCACAUCUUCUGUUGUCUAUAGCAGUAGUGAUUUCCUCCGUGAUUUCCAUCAAUGCCAUAGAAGUUGAAAUGUUAGCUCUGUAACUGUAUUGACUACUGCUAGUAAUUCAUUCUCAUUCAUAAAUUUGUCCAACCUGUUAUUAAAUAAUUGGGGUAAUAA